AUGGCUGCCGCAGCCAAGCCGCCUCGUGUGGUGCUCCUCGACAUCGAGGGCACUGUGUGUCCCAUCUCAUUCGUCAAGGAUGUUCUUUUCCCCUACGCGCUCGAGGCCCUCCCGCAAACGUUAGCAACCUCGUGGGACUCGCCAGACUUCGCCCCCUACCGCGAUGCCUUCCCGCCGGAGCACGCCAGCAGCCCGGAGGCGCUGGCCGCCCACGUGCGGGAGCUGAUGAGCCGGGACGAGAAGGUGUCCUACCUCAAAUCGCUGCAAGGCUAUCUCUGGGAGGCGGGCUACGCGUCGGGGGCGCUGUCGGCGCCGCUGUUCGCGGACGUGGCGCCCGCGAUCGCCGCCUGGGCGGCCGCCGGCGACACGCGCGUCGCCAUCUACUCGUCCGGCUCGGUCGCCGCGCAGCGGCUGCUGUUCCGGCACACGAACGCGGCGCCGCAGCGCGACCUGACCCCGCUGCUGAGCGGCUUCUUCGACACGGUCAACGCCGGCCCCAAGACGGACCCCGCCAGCUACAGGCGCAUCGCGGCGACGUUUCCGGACGUGCCGCUGGACGAGUGGCUGUUUUUGAGCGAUAAUGUGAAGGAGGUGGAGGCGGCCAAGGCAGCGGGUAUGCAGAGCUUCGUGGUGGAGAGGCCCGGCAAUGCCGAGUUGGCGCCCGAGGCGAGGAGGGCGCACAGGGUGGUGACGAGCUUCGAGGGGCUGUACUAG